GAGGGAGGGGUGGCACUGGAUACUGAGCAGCAAUAGGAAGGAGGUUGCUGGUGAGGCAGCAGGUUCUGCUGCUGCUGCUGCUGUCUGGUCUUCAGUUGCCUGUUUAAAGCCCCCUCUGCUCUCCACUCAUCCUCAGCCCCUGACAAGCAGCCGCCAUGGUGAAGCUGGGGAACAACCUGACUGACAAGAACAACGGGAAGGCUGCAGGCGUGGAGGAUGGCUUUGAUACCAUUCCCCUCAUCACACCCCUGGAUGUCAACCAGCUCCAGUUCCCAGCGCCUGACAAGGUUAUAGUUAAAACGAGGGCAGAGUAUCAGCCAAAUCAAAAGAAAGGAAAGCUUCAGGCACCAAAAAUCGCUGAGUUUACCAUCAGCUUCACCGAUGGGGUUUCGGAGCGGUUUAAGGUGACGGUUCUCAUUCUCUUUGCACUGGCGUUCCUCACCUGCAUCGUGUUCCUGGUGGUGUACAAAGCUUACAAGUAUGAACACAGCUGCCCAGAUGGAUUUGUCUUCAAGCAUAACCGCUGCAUUCCAGCUGGAUUGGAGACCUACUAUUCUGAGCAGGAUUCCGCUUCUCGGGGAAGAUUUUACACUGUCAUUAACCACUACAACUUGGCCAAACAGACCAUCACCCGCUCAGUGUCACCCUGGCUGGCUGCGCUCUCCGAAGAGAAGGUGUUGGAGCGGGAGAGCGAAACUGCUGACAAAGCAGCGGAGUGAGGUUCAGUGAUCCUCCACUCGGUUCCUAGCAGCAACCAGCACAGGAACCAAGUCUAGCUGCUUCAUGUUUGAGGCACUGAGAUAUAGUAAGUAAUGGGAGAGAACCUGUUAAUUUGAUACAUCUUGUUUUCCUUUUAGUCCUCUUCAUUCUGCUCAUGUUAUUUGUAAGUGUUUAAUGAAAUCCUUUGCUAGGUGGCAUGCUUGUUUCAUUUUAUUAGUACUUUCAACUAGAAUUGCUGUACUUUUAUUAUCUCAGGAUGUGGAUGUGAAAAUAAAGUCUUUACAACAAAAGCACCCCCACACACCUGCUCCACACACCCACAUUUCCUGGCUGGGUUAUUUGAGAAUGCAAUUAAACACACUAAUGCUGGUUUUCAACAAAAAAUGGGCAAUUUCAUCACCAAAAAACCUGGGCAGUGAGCAAGGGACACUUUGCUCAUAUGGUAUGUUAAUUGUGUAGAAUAACUAGUUUCUGUGUACUUUAUAUAUGGCUUCUAACAAUCAGCAAAUAGAUUGAAAUACGCUACUCUGGUUUUAAUUGUGUCAAAUCAAUGUGCAACUCGUUUUUCUUAGAGCAUGAAGGCAGUAAGAGAUUUUAUAAAAUAAACCAUUUUAAAGUCCACUCUACUUAAGAAAUCAAAGGCUCCAUUCUGCCUGAUGCAGUGGUGCUGAUUUGAACUUUACAUUUAAGUGAAAUGACUAUUUGAUAUGGGCAUAAAGACCGUACUGAGUGGCAAACUUGGCAACUAGGUCACAUCAGUUAUCCAUUAUCACCUUAAAAGUACAAGACUACUCCACCAGUGGACUUGAACUGUGGCUUAACUGCAAUGUCACGUAUCACCAGGAGAGUUUGUCAAUGCCAAGUGUUCCCAGUAUCCACAUUAAGGUUAGGAUUAGAGUAGCCAUGAUAAAGUCAUGUUGUGUUUGCUUUUCCCAAGCAACCUGUCAUUCUACAGUAAGAUCACAUUGCAGCAAGAUUACCUGCGGUCAGUGGGAACUUCUUUCAGAUUUACUUUCUCCCAACCCCACCAUUUGACAAAAAACACAAGGUUAAUUUAAGUUAAAGAAGCGAAUGAUUGGCAGGCCUUCUGCCACUCUGCCCCCACCCUCUGGAACUCCAUCCCACAGU